CCACAAUGCAUGGCGACCCCAUCAUGGCGUCUGUGGGGAAGGUUUGGUGAGGGGAGUCCGGAAUGUUGAGCGGGGUGGCGCUCCUCCGGGUGCUUGGCAACCUGAGCAGGCGGAGCUGCGGAACAGCAGGUGCCUUUCUAGCAAAUGACUCAUUUCACAGGGUCAUCUGUUUACCAGGAAGUUACUAUGGAAGUAACUCAGCUUUGGGAGAAAUCUUGGGUGUCGAGAAACCAGUGACUGAGAAUCUCAUCGGCCAGUACCCUCCUGCUGUUUCCAUCAGUAAAGACGAGCAGGGGAGCCUCCUCCACCAUCAGCCAGACCAGCCACCAAACCCACAAGUGCUGAGAGUUGCAAUUAUCGGUGCUCCCAAUGCUGGAAAAUCCACUCUGUCAAAUCAGCUUCUACGUAGGAAGGUCUUUCCGGUUUCGAGCAAGGUCCACACGACACGGUGUCGAGCUCAGGGAGUCAUCACGGAAGGAGAGACCCAAAUAGUUCUCCUUGAUACUCCUGGACUCAUUUCUCCCACCAAAGUGAAAAGGCACAAUUUGGAGAAGUCACUGCUGGUUGAUCCCUGGCACUCGGUAAAAGCAGCAGACCUGGUGCUUGUUUUGGUCGAUGUAUCUGACCACUGGACUCGCAACAAGCUACAUACUGAAGUGAUGAAAUGUCUUUCUCAAAAUCCCCAGAUUCCGGCAGUUCUCGCCCUGAAUAAGGUGGACCUGUUAAAGAGCAAAGGCCUCCUCCUGGAUUUGACAAUCAAGCUGACAGAAGGAGUAGUGAACAACAAGAAACUGAAGGUAAAGCCACGGUACAACUCACUGCCACAGCCUAUUGGGAGAGAGAGAACUGGUGAAGCAGGAGGCAUGCCUGUCAAACAGGCAAGAAAUCAGGACAGCACUGUGGAUGUGUCCGAGGAAACACACAGCCCCCACUCACAAGGAGAUCUACAUGGUUUGGAAAUAUCUAGUGACAGUAACAACAGCAUAUAUCAGCCAGUGGGCACAGAAACUGCUCAGCAGCAAGCAUCUGCUCCUCCACACGGCACCUCUGAGAACUGGAAAAACCGACUGGGCUGGCCUCACUUCAAGGAGGUGUUCAUGCUUUCUGCUGUCAAUGGCGAGGAAGUGGAUACUUUACGGCAUUACCUUGUGUCAAAGGCCCAGCCAGGGCAGUGGGAUUACCACAGCGAUGUCGUCACCGAUCAGUCACCCCAGGAGAUCUGCUGUAACCUGAUACGGGAACGGUUACUGGAGUAUCUGCCUCAGGAAGUGCCAUACAACAUCACACAGGACACCGAGCUGUGGGAGGAGGGACCAAGCGGGGAGCUCCGGAUUCUGCAGAACCUCACUGUUGCCAGGAAGAAUCACGCGAAAUUAUUGAUUGGCCAGGGAGGUAGCCUGAUUGGUAAAAUUGCCCGAGAUGUGGGACAGGACCUGAUGAACGUCUUUCUCUGCGACGUGCAGUUGAGACUGCGUGUGAAAGUCAAGAAGUGAGCCUGCUGUUCACCCAAACGGAUGACUUGAGGGGCUGUUUCUCCUCACUGCCCUACUGCCCACCCCAUCCUUAUCCCACCGAAUCAGUGGAUGCAGCAAGCAACCUGUCUUGAUAGCCUGUAACUUGACCCAAGCCUUUGGACUCCUGUGGAAAGGGCUUCACAGGAAAGCUCACUGAAGUUUUUUUUUAAAAAGAAAGGUGGGAGUUUGCCAGGAAUGUGGACAAAAAUGUUUUCCAUGGUGGAGUUCAAUUUUAAUAAUCUCUCGUGUAAUCAGUUUGUACCACUAACAAGUGGGCUGUUGUUGAUGUUCAAUCGGAGGGAAGUUCUCUGACUUUUUAUUAAUUCCAGUGAUGUGGACUUCAGAGAAUGAGAUAGCAUUUAUUGUCUCUCUAGUUCCCCUUGUGAAGGUGGCAGUAAGCUGCCCUGAAUCACUGCAGUCCUUGAGAUAUGGGUAUAACCUGGCUGUUUGCUGUUUUAUCGCCUUCACACUUAAACGCAGUGCUUUGUCAGUCUUGAGCUCUGGAGUACUGGUUAGCAUGACACUGUAAUAGUCGUUACAGCUCGGGCUGUCAGAGUUUGGAGUUUGAAUCUGGUGCCAUCGGUAAGGAGUUUGUGCAUUCCCCCCACAUUCCCAAGACGUACCAGGUACCAGUUAGUAGGUUAAUUGGUCAUUGUACAUUGUCCAGCGAUUCGGCCAGGUGGGUUGCUGGGUGGCGCAGCUCGUUGUGCCGGAAGGGCCCGUUCCACGUGGUAUCUCUAAAUAAAAUAUAAAAAUUUUA